AUGAUUCAAUUUAAAGUUAUUUAUAACAGUAAUUCACAGCAAGUAGAACAAAGGUAUAUUAUAAAUUUUUUAUGUAGAAAACAACAUGUUACACUCCUUUUUAAAACUACAAAUAAUAAGUUAUUUGGAUAUUGUAAUGAUCUUAAUUGGUGUAUAUUUGUAUCACAUAAUAAUGAAGUAAGUAAACUAACCAAAAAGUUUUGUAAUAGAAGUGGAGAAGGGGAUAAUAUAACUUUUUCUUUCUACUUUGAAGAAAGAAAUGUAUAUCUUAUAGACACUGAAAGCUCCUUUUUAAUUUAUAUCUAA